CCGAUAGACGGCGCUGUGUCUAAUUUAUAACCCUCAAGAAAAUGGCCGGUCAGGAGGAUCCUGUUCAGAGAGAGAUCCAUCAGGACUGGGCAAAUCGGGAAUAUAUUGAGGUGAUAACCAGCAGUAUCAAGAAGAUAGCUGAUUUCCUCAACUCUUUCGACAUGUCCUGUCGGUCCCGGUUAGCAACUCUGAAUGAGAAGUUGACAGCAUUGGAGAGGAGAAUCGAGUACAUUGAGGCACGGGUAACAAAGGGCGAGACUUUGACUUAGACACCAUCAAGAUACCGGAUGGGUGACAAGCAACCACAACUGUACAGAACGGCAAUCAGACAUCACUUUUCUUUCUCCCAUUUAUUUGAAAUUAUGCCUGUGUAUUUUAAAUCUGUAUUAGCUUGCAAGGAAUGACUAAAAGGUCUUUCCAAAAUAGAAGUGGGCUUCAUGUUCUGCCAUGUAGCCACUGAAUCUCCAGGCAGGGCCAUACUAAAAAAAAAAAAAAAAAAAAAAGAUAAUUAACUUAUUUGGUAAAUUCCUGCUUGCAGAAAGUGCUGAGUUGUCUGGGGCAGCACAGCAACAAGAAUGUCCUCCCUCUAGCAGAGCAAUCCCCAGCACAGCAAGGGGACAGCGUUAAGUGCCAAGUUCAUUCUCCUGCCGUGGUUAUAUAUUCUGUUUCUUUUGUCAAGUUUUAACAGUUGUAUUCCUAUGUGUAACAAACUGUAUUUUCCAUUUGUGUUUCGAUAAAUUAAAUAAUAAAGUUCAAGAAAAUUUG